GGAGCCAGCAAGGCGUAAGGAGUGAAAAUCCCGGGAAAAAGAAAAGACUCUGAAAAGAUGAUACUUUCACGCGGAAAAACCGACUCGGCGAGCUCGAGGAACGCCAGCGGAGGACCUGGCAGUGGACUCGGAGUCGGCAGGCAGGCGAGGAAGGCCCCGGCACCGGCCUCCCUGGAGGAUUUCAUCAUCAAGCGGGACUACACGGGUGCCAGAGCAUUCCUGGAGUACGCCAACGAUGAUGAGGACGAGGAGGAGGGUGCUCAUGGACCCAAGCAGAGUCAGGUGGAUCAGUGGAUUGCCUUUUGCAAUUUCCAUCUGGGUGACUACCACCAGGCACUCGCUCAGUACAAGAGCAUUCAUCAGAGUUCCCCGAGUGCCGAUGGCAAAGUGGAUCUUAACCUGGCCGUCUGCAUGUUCUACUUGGGCCUGUACGAGGAGGCCCAGCAACUGAUGGCCAAUGCGGCUGACAACCCGUUGAAGCAGCGACUUCUCUUCCACUUGGCCCACAAAUUGGGAAACGAGGAGGAGUGGAGCCAGUUGCAGGAGGAGCUGCAGGACUCUUCGAGUUUGGAGCAACAACUCAGCCUGGCCUCCAUGCACUAUAUGCGGGCCCAUUACCAGGAGGCCAUCGAUGUGUACAAGCGGGUUUUGGUGGACAACAAGGACUACCAGGCCAUAAACGUGUACUUGGCCUUGUGUUUCUAUAAGCUGGACUAUUACGACAUGUCCCAGGAGGUGCUGGACGUCUAUCUCAGUCAGCAUGGUGACAGCACCAUUGCCAUAAACCUAAAGGCCUGCAAUCGUUUUCGGUUGUUCAACGGUCGAGUUGCUGAACAGGAAAUCAAGAACAUAGCCGAUAAUGGCACUUUUGGUGCGGAUCUUCUGCGCCACAACCUGGUGGUUUUCCGGAAUGGCGAAGGAGCUCUACGUGUCCUGCCGGGACUACUUAAUAUCAUUCCGGAGGCUCGUUUGAAUCUGGCUAUAUACUAUCUCAAGCAAGGAGAUGUCCAGGAGGCACAUGCUCUGAUGAAGGAAUUGCAGCCCACAUCGCCGCAUGAGUACAUUCUCAAAGGUGUGGUGCACGCUGCACUGGGGCAACAACUGGGAUCGAAAGAGCACAUCAAGACAGCCCAGCAGAACCUUCACUUAGUGGGAAGUUCGGCCACAGAAUGUGAUACAAUUCCGGGUCGUCAGAGUAUGGCAUCGGCAUUUUUCCUCUACGAACAGUUUGAGGAGGUGCUGGUGUACAUGAACUCCAUUCGCAGUUACUUUGUGAACGACGAUGUGUUCAACUACAACUUUGCCCAGGCGAAAUGCGCCACGGGAUAUUACAAGGAGGCGGAGGAGCUGCUAAUGCAGAUCUCUGAUAUGGACAUAAAGAAUCAGCACACCUACUGCAUGAUCCUGGCCAAGUGUCACAUUCACUGCGGUCAUCCGGAGUUGGCAUGGAAUGUGUUCAUCACGAGGGACACAAAUGCAGAGGCGUUUAUCCUGCUGCAAUUGAUUGCCAAUGAGUGCUACAGAUGUGCCGAGUUCUGGGUGGCAGCCAAGGCCUUUGAUAUGCUCGAAAAGCUUGAUCCCAGUCCGGAGAAUUGGGAGGGCAAGCGGGGAGCCUGUGCCGGAGUUUUGUUCGCCUUGUCCACCAAGGCUCAACGAGGUCGUCCUGGCGGAGGAAUUUCAGAGGUCAUUGGACUUUUACGCGACUCAUCAAACUCACAAGCAGAGGCCAUGAUUAAAACCAUAAGAAAGCACAUAAAUAGCUUUAAAUAA